AUGCCACCCACACUUCACCUAUAUAUGACCCCCGGCGCCGUCUCUCUCGCCUCGCACAUCGCCCUCCGCGAAACCGGCCUCGAAUUCACAACCACCGACCUCGAAGCCAUCCGCGGCUAUCCAUCCGAGCAUCUACACAUCAACCCCAAAGGCCGCGUCCCCGUUUUAGAACUCGAUGGCGAACGCAUUACCGAGUCGCCUGCCAUCUUGAGCGUGAUUUCCGCCCUGGCGCCUGAAAAGAAGCUUUUGGGUGCUACUAUCUUGGAGCAGGCGAGGGCGCAAGAGUGGAUGGCUUGGCUUUGUGGGACGGUGCAUGGACAGGCAUUUGGGUGUAUUUUUCGGCCGAUGAGAUUUGUGGGUGGGGAGGAGGGGAUGUAUGAGAUUGUCAGAGCGGAGGGGCGGAAGUGCGCAAAGGAGUGCUUUGACUUUAUUGAAGGGAGGUUGAAGGGGAGAAUAUGGGGGAACAUUUUGAAGAUGGGCAUGAGAGAUAACUACCCAAAUUACACCAGGUUGGUGGAAGAAGUUGUCAAGAGGGAGGCAGUCAAGAGGACGGUGGAAGUGGAAGGCUUGAGUCUGUUCAACGAGUAG